AUGAACACGCCGGCCUUUGAAAAUGCCCCGACGCCCCAUGCCAUAGCCGCCCGCAGAGCUCUUGAUCAACGCCGCCUGGCCACGUUUACGCCUGGACGCAGCCGCCGCCAGAGCUUCCGGGAGCAGAGGGAAACGCCCAUGCUCAUCCUGCGCAACCUUGGCCGUGCCCUUGCCCCCACCAGCAACGUCAUUGCCUCCUCGUCUUCUCCGGAUAAGGUCUCUGCGGAUGGCAAUGACGACGACCUCGCCUGUCUCUGCCCCUGGACGAGGGCUCCUCGGACGACUUACAGCCUCCACAGUCGUCGAUCCUCGACGACGGCAACCUCACCGUCCAGUCGAUUGAGCUGCCACGUCGGGCCAUCAGCGAAGGCCCUUUCAGUCUCAGAGGAAGCUCCUCGUGGUCCAGGGGAUCCGGAGAUUGCGGAUCUGAGGCGGCCCAUCGAAGCCCAUCAUGGCAGCGACUUUAGCUUUGAUAUGCCGGAAGGUCUGGACGAUGAUAAUGACCAGACCACCUUUUACAUGAGGUCUCCCGUCAUCGACGACAUCCACAGUAUCCUCAAGGCUCCCAACCCUGUGGCCGACGACAUUUCGCUCAUGCAUGCAAAGAGCCGGGAAGGGAUGGAAGCCAUCACCCAGAUUGACUUUGAGACGCUUGGCCGCGAGCCGGAGAAGCCCGACGACGACGUGAUGGGAUAUCCGCACGGCCGGCCGAAGAAGAAGAAGAGGGCCAGGAUCUCCCGGCACAACAUCGAGUACCCGCAGCUGCCGGCCGUCUUUGUCCGGCAGGUUGCGCAUACCGCCAUGCAGACCACGGGCUUCAUCAACCAGAGGAUCAGCGCCGACACCCUCGAGGCCCUGACGCAGGCUUCGGACUGGUAUUUUGAGCAGCUGGGCGACGAUCUGGCAGCCUAUGCGAACCAUGCCAACCGAAGGACCAUUGAGGAGCGAGAUGUCAUUACUCUCAUGAACAGGUGA